AAUACGAACAACCCUGUAUAAACUAUUUAAGACACACGUGUUUACUUCUCACAGUAUUUUGUAUUUCAGAGCUCAUUGUAUCGUGAACAUUAAUUAAGAAAGAUGGUUAAGUUGCAAAAAUCUUUGACUAAACCUUUAGAUAAAUUAGAGAAAAAGAAAACAAAGUUGCCGGCACCACCACUUGCUGGCAUUUCAAAGUCAAACAAAAAGGAGAAAACAAUUACUGUACUGGAGAAGUCACCGAAAUCCAAAAAAGAAAAAGUAGCAAAAACAAUUGUUAAAGAUGUCGAAGUUGUGAAGCCUUUGAAAAAAGAAAAGAAAGAUAAAUUAAAUAAAGUUAGCAAAAAUCCUCCAAGUGAACCAGCCAAGAAGAAACCCACAAAAGUUUCUGCUGAUAAGGGGGAACAGGCUACAAAACGUCCAUUGAUACUUGCACCGGCUGAAUCUCCUAAAGUACCGAAAAUAGCUGCGGCUAAGCUGGAAAAGAAGUCGAAGGAUAAAAAGAAGGCUAAAGUCCAAAAGAAAAAGGACCCAAAAGCAAGCCCAACUCACGUUGAACAAACCACACCUUUAACAAACUUACAAAAGAAAAAAGCUGCUAAACGAGCAUAUAAAAAACAACAAAUCAAGAAGAGGCUCGAAAAUAAAUCGGUAAAAGCCAAGAAAGCUCCAGUACAACGUCUAUUUAAGGCGCCUGAAUUUGAUGAAGCCAAAUUUAAUGCAAUUUUAAAUGCAGAAAACGUUAAGAAAAUAGCAAAGGGCCUGAAAACGCAGGUAGAAAAGGAAGUGGCUGAAAAGAAAACGGCCAUUUUUAGUGAUUUUCAAUACUUCUUAAAUGUGGCCUGCUUCAAAAUACCCAAUGUUCCUAAACGUAUGGUAAAGGUCAAUUUAAAACAUUCGUUAGUUGAUAAAGAUGAUGAUGUUGCUAUUAUUGUGUCUGAUUUACAACGUGGAGCCAAAGUGGAUUAUGACCAAACCAUUCAACAUUAUGAAGAUAUUUUCCGUGAAGCCGGCAUCGAAGGACUGACCAUCAUACCAUUUAAUAAACUUAGAACCGAAUGUAAUACAUUUGAAACUGUGCGCAAAUUUGGAAACACGUAUGAGUAUUUCCUUUGCGAUGGACGUUUAGUAGGACACGUAUCUGGUUUUUGCGGAAAGGUCUUCCAAAAACCACGUACCACCUUUCACUCGGUUCGUAUGGAUAAUCAAAAGAACUUGAAACAGGAAAUUGAGAAAUCCCUACGUCGUACUGCUUACAAACAGCUAGACAAGGGUGAUCUUAUCUCAAUACCGAUCGGUAAUCACAAGUUCACAGACGAUCAAUUGGUGGAGAAUAUUAUGUACGUAAUAGAGCAGUUGAAGAAUUCUUAUCCUGGUGGAUUGGCCAAUAUACGUGGCAUAAAUCUUAAGAUUAACAUCGCGGGUACAUCAUCAUUGCCAUUAUUCCUUAGCGUUGCAGAGCCCCCUGCGGAGGCACCCUAUGUUGUCGGACCACGUGAGCAGCGUACGCUGAAAUUGAAACGCGAAGCUAACGAGGUUUUGUCCAAUUUCAAUCUGACAAAGGAUGGAAACUUGUUGAAGCUAUCGAAACCCGAGGUGGAGCGUAAACGUAAAUUGAAAGAAAUGCGCGCCGCUGUGGAAAAUGAAACUAACACAACUGAACAAAAUAAGGAUGAUAAGGCCAAUGGUAAACAAGCGGUUGUGCCAGCAAAGAAGGCUAAAACUGAAAAAAGUGUUAUAACUUCUGAUAAAAGCGAUAAAAGUAAAUCUAAAGAUGAAGAGCCUAAGGUAGAAGACCAAGGUGACGAGGAUGAAGAUGAUAGCGAAGCGGAACAAGAAGAUGAGGAUGAAAAUGAGAGUGGAGAAGAUGAGGAUGUGGAGGAAGAUGAUAGUGGGGAAGAGGAUGAUGGCGAUGAUGAUGAUGACGACGACGAUGAGGACGGUGAUGAUGAUGAAGAUGGUGAUGAGGAAGACGCGGGGGAUGAUGAUAAGGAAGAAGAAAAUCCCAGUGGUAAUGAAGAUGAUAGUGAUGAAGACGAUGAUGAAUGAUUACAAUAGUAAUUUUACUAUAAGUCUGCUUUUAAUUUAAAAUUUUUAUUAUGUAUAAAACUUUGAACAGAUUGGAUUGUAAGAAUAAAAUAACUUGAAAUAA